AUGGAUAAGUUUGUAUCCAAAUGGAAGAAGCCAGUUUCAUCUUCAUCAAGUAAUGUGGAUUUAAAUGAUAAAGAUAGUGGCAAAAGACAACGAGUAGAAGUGGAAUUGACGGAAUAUGACAUUGUUGGUGAUCCGGGAUUGCGAAAACCUAUUGAUGAUUAUCCUUUUGCUAUUAGAGAUGAAUUGAGGAGACGAUACUUGGCAAAAGGUCCAUUUCAACCACAUGAUCACAAUUUUCCGAAGUCUAGUUUUGGUAAGAAUAUGAGAUCAUUUCAAAAGGCAUGGUUUACGCAAUAUGAUUGGCUCGAAUAUAGUAUUCAGAAGGAUGCCGCUUUUUGUCAAUGUUCGUCAUUUAGAGACCAAAGGCAUAAUGUGGAUUAUGUGUUAUCACAAAAGGGCACUGAAACGGAGAUUGACUACCGCGUUCGGCUAACGGCGGUUGUGAAAGUUGUUCGAUUGCUUUUAGGGGGAGGUUUGCCAUUUCGUGGACAUGAUGAGUCAAAAGAUUCAAUACGAAAAGGUCAUUUUCUUGAAAUUUUGGAUUGGUAUUGUGAGGAGAAUGAAGAAGUGAAGAAGGUCAUGAACUUGAAUGCUCCCGGGAAUAAUCAGUUGACUUCUUCAAAAAUUCAGAAAGAAAUCAUCAAUGCUUGUGCUACAGAGCAUUACAAUGACCUUGUACAACGUAUUCAAAGUGGUGAGAUUUCUACAGGGACCGGCUUGAAUCAAGAAACAAGUUUAGCUCGACCGGGUGCUACGCGUUGGGGAUCUCACUAUAGGACAAUCAAGCGGAUGUUGGAAAUGUGGGAUGCGGUACAAGACGUUCUUGAUACUAUUGAGAGUGAAGCCACAGAUUUCCAAAGUCGAGGCGUUGCUAGAGGUUUGAUUGCUAAAUCAACAACUUUUGAAUUUGUAUUCAUUGCUUAUUUGUUGGUGACAAUAUUGGAUAAAACAAGCGUACUUUCGGCGGCCUUACAAGAAAAAAGUCAAAAUAUUGGUAAAGCCUUCGUUUUGAUUAGAACGUUGAAGGAAGAUUUGGGAAGUUUAGGGAGGAUGGUUGGGAGGAACUUCUUGAAAGUGUCAAGGAAUUUUGUUCUCAAAAAGGCAUUUUGGUGCCUAAUAUGGAAGAUCAUUUACCGGGUCGGCCUAGGUCUAAAAGACAAGUGGAUGACCAACCAAAGACUUAUUUGCAUUUUUUUCGACGAGACAUUUUUCUUCCGGUAA